UUCCUUGUAUUCCCAGUCUUAACCUCGCUGAAAACAGUUGAAAGUAACCGGGUCGUGUGAUUAAUUAACGAUUUCCCAUAAAUAGUUAAUGUACAACUAAAACUGGGAACGUUUUUAAAAUUCGAUACGGUACAUCAGUUUUUUAAGUCGGACAUGUGAUGUUCAAUUUCUAACCAUACAAAAUGUCUGUAAUCCAAAGAGCUCAGCAAUGGGUAACAUUUGCCCGAACAUGGCAUAUAUACGAUGCUACGUGGCAAGAUCCCUACAUCAGUGCUGAGAAAAUAAAGCAUUACCUACAGGGACUUCAUAAACCGAUUUAUCAUCCGAUGAAUGAUUGCGGAGAUCAUGUAGUUGUCAUAAACAGCAGACGUAUAGCAUUGCGGGGAGAUGAUUGGAGAAAACGAGUUUAUUUUCAUCACAACACGUACCAUGGUGGAGCAUCGUGGACUCUUGCAUGGGAGCUGCAUAGAAAGGAUCCAACAAUGAUUGUGAAAAAAGCUGUAUACACUGCUAUGAAGGGCAAUCUUCAACGAAGAUAUACAAUGGAAAGGCUGCAUAUUUUUCCCGAUGAUGAUGUUCCGGAGGAUAUUUUACAAAAUGUUAGUAGCCAAAUUCGCCAGUUAAGACCGGUCCCAGUGAGAUUGGAUCAUAUACCGACAGAAGAAGUUGAACAAUUCCCAAGAAUUAUGGAUUAUCCAAAUGAUUUUAUACUUAAGUGAAUUAUUCCUUUUUGUAAAUAUGGAAUUAAAGAAUGUAGCAUUUGAAAAAUAUAAUUCUCAAUGUUA